AUGAUUAUUGAGUUCCUCAGCACUAUUAUUCUCCUAUGCUCACUAUGGAUGCCGUCAGUGCUAUCUGGGAUAUAUCUAGCCUUUGUAGUAUUUAUUUGAUGGGAUAUCACCCAUAAAUUAAUUCCUCACCUACAAGUAUUCAAAUUAUUAUUUUGCACUUCUUUGAUUCUUUUUGUUUACAAGUUUGUGAUGAUUUGUAUCUUUUAUUUUGCUGGACCUGGGAACUUUGUAGAUAAUGAGGGAUGAGCUAUGAAAUUAUUAGGAGUAUUUCUGAGCAAUGGAGAAAAUAAAACAAAUGAUAUUGCUCAUACUAUUUUGCCUGAUAUCUUGGUUAAUAUAGCAUCAGCACUGAGCUGAGUUUAUCUGAAAGUGAAAAAGAGACACGAAGAGACUAGCUUUCACAUUUCUUUUAAAAAACUGCUCUGCUUUUUUAUACUCUGCUUGAUAUCUGUAUCAUCAUUUACAAUAAUGAAUUUUGGGUAUCUAUUGAUCGCUUUAAGUUGAAGCUUAACCUGGCGCUUAGAUAUAUCACUAAUCGGCUUUAAAUCGGGAAGUUUCAUUCUAUCAUGUAUAUCUUUAAUCCAGUUUUUAUGUAUGUAUUGGUAUCAUUUUUUAAUAAAUGACUACCUAUCUAUGAAAAUUGCCCAAAAAAUUGGAAUUUUAAGCUUCGAGAUUCGAGAUGCCAUGAAUUUUAUUUUUAUGCUCUUGCUAUUUUUUUAUAGCACUUAUUGCAGGCGCUUGCAUAUCACAUAUCAAUCAUCUGGGUAUGAUUCAUCAGAGAGCAUGCAAAAUACAGUUGAAGGUGACUGCGAAGUAAAGGAGUCUAAUAACAUUGAGUAUUUAGAAGAGCCCAUUGUCCAUAAAGAAAAAAGAUCGACUUAUAGAUACUAUAUCUCAUUUAACGCCCUUUAUACAAUUGGAAGACUUUCUAUAUUUAUAUGGGCUUUUUAUUUUAUGAGCUGGAUAGGAAUAUGCUUGCUAUUAUGGCUUUUUUAUUCUGUGAUUGAUUUUGACGUCAGCAGAGUUAUCAAAGUGACUCGCUUUACACUUAUACCAAUUUUAUCAUGCGAUUUAUUGACAUUCUUUAUUGUUAAUAUCAUCGGUAUAAAUCUUAAUCAAGCUUUUGGAGGACAUAAAAUUAGUGGGCCCCUUGAUGUUGCAUUUCAACUGUUUACUAUAUUUAUUAUGCUUAUUGUUAUUAAAUAUGAGACAGACAGAAAAAAAGGGCUUGAGCGAAGCAGCAGAAAAGUGACAGCACUUGGACUUUCUCUAUCAAUACUUCUAGAAAACUCCAAUAAAUUUUCUCUAUGUGUCCUUUUUGUGAUUGGACUAUCAGCAAUAAACAUUGUGCACUUGGGAUAUAUGCUUUUCUUUUUGGUUUUCAUAUUAAAUUCAGCCAUUUCCAAAAAAUAUUGGAUUUAUUUAGUGGCAUAUACAGAACUUGUUUUAUUGGUCAAGUAUAUUUGAAUCCUUAUUAUGGCAUCUGGCAAUUUUAAUUUUAAUUGGCUUUCUGUCAAAAUUAUAGGACUACCCACAUCAAAAGAUAUAGUACUUGGAUUUUUCCCUGAUAAUUAUUUAGAAUGACUACUACUUUUAUCAGCUGCUAUGCAGCUAAAUGCUUAUAGGGCCUUUAUUAAAAAUUUUAAUUUUGGAUCAUCUAGCUAUAGAAGCUCCAUAAUUACUCGGGUUGGAUCGGUUUUGAACCAAUGGGUUAACUAUUUGUACACAUACAUAGCAUUUUCAAUAAUUUUCCUCAUCAUUUUCCUAUCUGAUUUGAAUGUUUUUAAUUUUUUUAGAUUUACUUUGAUGUGCAUUUAUUUGUGCAUGCUUUUAUUAGACAAAUCAAAAACUAUUUCUCAAAACUUAGCCAGAGUUCAUGGAUGAUGGUUUCUCUUUAAUUACUACAGUGGAUUUUUGCUGGUUUUUAGAUAUUUAUUUCAAUUUAUGGAGUUCUUUAGCAAUGUUACUUACUGGGAAUCGAAAAUUCUGGGGAUUCAAGUGUACAGUCCUACUCAUUUAUACCAAAGUAUGAUAAGUGAUUGCUUAUUUGUUGUAUAGCUAAUACCACUAUACAGAUUUCUUUAUCGAAUAAAAUGCAAUAGACAGUUGAAAAACCAAAAUAGACUCUCUCAAAGGGACAAGCUAGAUCUCUAUAGCAGGAAGUGUAAAAGUGGCAAAAAUGGUUGGCAAGUGUGAAAAAGUUGACAAGCAAACGCGCCAAUUUUUAAAUGGCUUUUUAUUUAAAGAUACCAUUUAGACUGGAAUUAAUUAAUAUCUUACUUUCUUUUGCUUUUCUUUUAAAUUAAGUAGAUUUUUAAAUAAGCAAUGCCAAUUUAUUUAUGAUUAAAUGCUCUAUAAAAGGCAUAGUUUGUCAUUGUUCUUUAUAAAGUUCUUAAUGGCUCAUAAUAUAAAGUUCGAUGUUCUUUAGCAAAUUAAAAUGGAUUUAAACUUAAAACCUAUCAAUAGUGUUCCUUUUUGUGGAAUGGUAAAUUUUAAAUAAGCUAUGCUAAUUUGUUUAUGAUUCAAUUACUCUAUAAUUGAACACUAAUUAUUCUUUAUGAAGUUCUUAAUAGCUCACAAUAAUAUUUUAAUUUACCAUCUCCAGUCUAAAAGGGUAUCUUAAAUUUAAAAUUAAUUUAAUAAUAAAGCCAUUUAAAAAUUGGCACGCUUACUUGUCAACUUUUUCGCACUUGUCAACCAUUUUUUGCAUGCCAAUUUUUAGCACUUCUUGAUAUAGAGAUCUAGCCCGUCCCUUUUAGAGAGUCUUUCUUGGUUUUUCAACCAUCCAUUACAUUUUGUUCGAUAAAAAGAAAUUUAUAUAGGGGUUGGGCUAUAGUUGGGGUCAUUUUUUCUAGAAUUUACAAAAGAUUGCACUCAUGUGUGCAAGAUGAUAUUGGGACAUUUUCACUAUUAAUUCACAAAGAUGAAGGAAGGAUAAAUAAUGCCCCUGCUUUAUUUCUCGUGUAUUGUGGAAAGCAUUUCGCAUUGUUUAUGAUUUUGAUUGCCUCUUUGAUUUCAAUAUAUGCAAGAUUAUCAUUAUCCAUGCUUUUUUAUAUUGUGGCUAUUGGGAACUAUGCUAUUAUUUUAACAAGGGAAUUUAUAUCAGGAAAAGAAAGAAAUGCUGAGGCUGAGAUAAAGCAUAGAUGCAGCCUAUGGAAUUAUCUUUACAUAUGGAGUAUAUUGUGUCUUAUAGCUUCAUACUUAUGCUUUCUUAUAAGUAGGUCUUUUUUCAACACAGAAAAUUUCAACGUCCUUAUUUGGCUUUAUUUUUUUUUGGGCUUUAACAAAUCUCCAGACAACAACUUGCUGCUUCUUGAAAAUUAUGAGUACGUGUCCUUUGUAAUUACCUUAAUAAUAGAAAGAUAUUGUAUCGAAUAUGUCCAAUCCCACAAAGAAAGAAUCCAAGAAUCAACUUCGAAUGAUAACAUGCAUAUAGAGCUGCUAAAGUUUGUAAAAGUCAUUAUUGAGUCCUUAAUACCCGCAGUUCUGCUAUUAAUAGCAUUCAAAAAGCUUACAGUGGUAAGCAUUGUUUAUGUUUUCACAGUUCUUUGCACUAUUGGCAUGCAAUCAACUAAUAAAAGAGUAAAAUCUUGCAACUAUAUAGUAGUUGCGAUGACUAUUCUGCAAUAUGCCAUUUAUUUGAGCAACCUUGACGACUCGAAUUCUCCUAGAAAGCUUCCCAAUGGAGGGCAGACAUACUUAAAUGUGCCAUGAUAUAAGACGAUAAGCUGAUCUAAUAGUGACUAUCCUACGUUUCUUAACCUUGGGACUAAUCAUGCCCAAGUUUAUGACUUGAUCUGUGAAAUACUGCUGAUGCUGCUAAUCCAAGUGUAUUUCUUAUAUUUUUCGAAAAUUAAAGAAGACGCAGAUGAGGUAACUGAAAUCAAUCCAGAAGGGGAGCAGUCAAAGCUUGUAAAAACUUUAUUUAGCCUCAAAAAGAAAUUUUAUUCAAGUUUUAAUUAUAUCAUACUGUGUGUGGGUUUACUGUUCAUUAGCAAAAGCACUGGACUUAUUUCGCUUGUAUAUUGCUUUGUUUGUCUUUCUUUUAUAUGGAGGGCAAAUGAUGUAUUAAAAAGCAAGGAAGCUCUUGACAAUUAUAUAAGACUCUAUAGAAACUAUUUGAUUAGGUGGAUGGCUAUCGAGUUUACAUGCCAAAUUUUGUACCAAAUUCCUGCAAUAUCAUACUAUCCACAUGAAUUAAAGGAUUGGCUAAGUGCUCUUGGCCUUGUACAGCUGUGAAGCGCUGGAGAAAAUAACCCUCCUUCAGAUAUAAGCAGCAAUCAAUAUGAUGUAUAUUUUAGAAUUUACGCAUACGGAGCCUUGCUAAUUGCUUAUCGCAUCAUGCAAAGCCAAGAGUUUAAAAAUUAUUUGGAAGAUCAAAGGAUCAAGCUAAAAAUAAAAUCAAAAUGCAUUGGCAUCGGCAUGGCUCAUCAUUUUAACAAUGGCAGAAUAAAAAAGAAUGUCUAUUACCGCACCAAACAGCAGCAUUUUGAGCACGGCGUUAAGCGACUUGAUAGAACUGUUGAAAGCUGGAACAGGGUUUUUUACGAAAACGACAGGCACCCAAUAUUCAGGCCAAGAAAAUCCACUGUUCUCCUGCAACGUCAAGAAACUCUGAAAAUACCUCCUCCACCUCAAGAAGACAGCUUUAAGACUAAAUUUCAAAGAUUUUUAAUUAGACAGAUGAAUCCAAUUUUAUAUCGAAAAUACAUUGAGAAGCUAAAACACCCAAAGAAAGAAUCCUUUGUUGAGUUCAAUAGUGAAGAAGAAAAAAUUGAGGAACUGGACGAGCAGAUGGAAGAGAGCCUGUCUUUUGGAAACAUUGAAAAAGAACCAGAAAAUGAAGAAGAUAGUCAAAGCGAAUUUACACUGACUGUGAAAGAUUACUUUUUGAUUAUUUUAUUCAUUAUUGCUAGCAACACACAAGGGUUAGUUUAUUUGAUAUUUUUCUUGAAUCACUUUUACAAUGCAAGUCUUGAAUCUUUGGUUUAUCCAAUUUCAGUAUGCGGCUAUGCUUUAUUAGAAUACCCAAGACCUCCUGCACAGUAUUUUCUAAUAAUGCAGCUAUAUUCUGAGGUAAUAUUUUUCAUUAAGUACAGCCUGCAACUGAAUGUUUGAGAAUUGAUAUUUCAAAAUAAUUUUCUGACUGGGUAUACAGAUUCAGGAAAAAUAGGGUUUAAUUUGGCAGAAAACACAUAUAGUAAUAAUUUAGUGGAUUAUGUCCUUUGGGAUGCUUUGUGUAUGCUUAUUUUGUUGAUACACCAAUUUUACCUUUUAAAAGUUGGCUUGCAUGAAUAUACAGAGUUUGAGCUAGAAACUCUUGAAGAAGCUUAUAUGAGAAAUCCAGAAGGAGAAAGUAUUGUGAGUUCUGCUUUAAGCUCUAGAGAAGAAUGGUCUGAAUUCAAUCCAAGGCCAAAGCUAACUUGCACAGGAAGAGUUAAAGCACUAUUUCAACGGCUUUUGCCUUCAUGCAAGGAAGAAAAGCCAGGGAAGGACAUGUAUACAUCAAUUAUCUUGAUUCAGUUUUUGAUUUUAAUUUAUCUUUUUUGCUUCUUUUCAAAAAUGAGUGGAGAUUCGCAAAAUAUUUCAAACUCAUUCCAGUAAUUUUUAUAUAGAGCAAACCAGUUUCCUGGGCAUAUGGUUAUCGCGCUGAUUUUUCAUAUCUUUGUAAUGCUGAUGGAGCGUUAUCUUUAUUUAGAAAGGACAUCACAGACAGCCCAACUUGAAUCAAAACCUCAAGAAUUUCAUAAGAAAAUCAACUGGAAUUGGCAGCUCGUCACAGCUUUGAUUUUGCACUUAACUCUCCUCCUUGCAGUUCAUUUAAUCGUCUUUUGGUAUUUUCCAAUAAAUGGGAACAUUGAUAUGUCUGGCACUUCUUACUGUGAGCAUUUAUUUGAUGAGUCCAGAUGCAAUAACUUUCAGAUUAACUCAUCAUUGCAGUGGUUCUAUAUCAUUUAUAUGUGCUAUUUCACUAUUAUAGCUGUGCAGCUGCAGCUUGGACUUCCUAUUUUUAGAACUGGAGCAUUUCCAUUGAUGAAAAGCAGUAGUAUGACUGCUCUUGUUUUCUUCCAAAUCUAUAGAGGUUUGCCGUUUCUUUUUGAGCUGAGGACAUUGAUUGAUUGGACUUUUACAACCACAUCAUUAAGUUUAUUUCAGUGGUUUAAAUUUGAAGAUAUUUAUGCAAGACUGUAUAUUAAUAAAUGUGAUGAAGAAGACCAAAAGAAAAGAAAGCCUGGACAAAAAAUCAGCAAAGUUGAAAAAACCUUUAUGGGUGCUUGCAUAUUGCUAUUUAUUUUACUAUGCAUUUUAGCACCUUUGAUCAUUUUCAGCAGUUUAAACCCGAUUAUUGAUACAAAUCCUGUAAAAGCAAUUACAAUUGAAAUUGGGCUUAAAACCGAUAUUGGGAAUUAUUAUCAAUUCUUUAAAGGGUCGCAAGUAUCAUCAAUCAGCAAAAUUUCAGAAAAAGAAUGAAACAACAUGAAAUUCGACAACUUCGGGAAAAUUCAAGCUUCUGAUAGAGAGCUUAUGCAAUCUGUUGUUCUGGACCCAAAUCCUGAUGAUAUUUGAAGUAUUUCACCAUCCAGUAAAUCUGCUUUAUGCUCUGGCUUAGCCUCUAACAGCACAAAUAAGGCUUAUUACUUACAGAUGACCUACUCCUUCAAUAGAGACUACCCAGAAAUCCAAACAAAUUCUCAAAAAAACGAGAAAACAAGAUUAUCCCCUGAGCAUGUGUCUGAUAUGAAUAAUAUAAUUUGUAAGCAAACUGCCUCUACUUUUCAAUGUGAUAACUGCUUUUCACAAGUUAUAAAAAUCCCCAGCUCAGGUUCCCCACUAGUCCCUACACUUGCUUCAGAUACAGAUUAUAUGAUGGGAGUAUGGUGUCUUUCACUACUAUCACUUCUCCGUAGUACUUUGAGCUCUGACGAGCCACCUAAAGGUGGCAAUAAACACCAAGUUGACAAAAGCACUUCCUUUUUGGGAGGAUUUGUCAACUUAAAGAUAAUUAUUACCUUUAGGUGGCUUGCCAGAGUUCCAAUAACUGUGGAGAAGUGUGCGCCAAGGCGUGCUAUAGCAGUGUAGAUGCUAUAGUAUUAACCCUAGUCAAUGAUGGAGGAGGAGGGUAUUGACAGGUUAAUUCCCUUAAAGGCUCUAUCUUGGAGCAGAUGCAUUUUUAUGUAAUUUCUUAUAAUUACAGCCCUGUGACAUUUAAUUUUUCGGUCAUAACAUUUUAUAUAUCUGUCGUCUAUCUAGUCGGAAGGCUGCUGAGGAUAGUAGUCAUUGGUGGGGCUUAUAACAUCCAAAUGACGGAAAUGCCAAAUCCAGAUCCUCUGAUUAAUCUUUGUACAGGCAUUUAUGUCAGCAGAAUGACUGGAGAUUUGUUGAGAGAGGAAGAGCUUUAUUUUGAGCUUAUGGAUAUAUUGAGGUCACCGGAAAUAAUCAAAAUGGUUACCGGACGAAGUUCUCUCAAAAAUAAAACGGAUUAA